UGGAACAGAGGUAAUCUUUCUUUUUAAAGAUUUCUCCUUUACUUGUUCGGCCACCCGACCGAGUACUCUGAAGUCUGAUCGAGUUCCGUCAUAAAUCCUACUCCGACACCAAUUGCCCAAGAGUUUCCCCGGCUACAAGGCCCCAACUGGUCCGAGUGAUUCCUCCGCCGUCGCUCCCCACGCCGCAGCAGAAGGCCACAGGGUGCUGCACUCCUUUGCAGAAUCCAAUGGAAGUGGAGGAGGAUCUAGGACUUGUGGCCAGUACUUCUUUCGACCCAGUGGCUGAUGUGCUAAUCAAGCCUCUCCCCAUCGACGAAGAGAAGGAGGAGCACAAGUGGAAGGAGGAGGAACAGAAGCAGAAAAUUCAGGAACAAAACCGUGAGGAGGAGGAAGAAAGGGCGGAGAUCGAGGCAGCAAGAAAAGAGUGUUUGAAGCUCGUACUAUCAAGAAUGGAAUUUCUGAGGAAGAUCGGCAGUCCUGCCUCUCUCUUGCCUCUCAUGAACAUCAAGAACCUGGACUAUCGUAAACUGCUCAAUCGCAAGAGCAACUGUGACAAAAUCGACUGGGGAAACGGGCCUGUUCGUAAGGAGAUUUUGCUUGAUAAAGAAAAGGCCCUCUGGAAUGCUGCUAUGGAAUAUCGGAAAGCUCAAAACAUGGACUCUGAGUAUGAUUUGAUUCCUAGCCACAUGACCUUAUUUCCUAUAAUGUCGACGAAGUGCAUGUGGUACCAUUGCAAUCUCGUGGGCUGUAAGAGAGAAACUCCUUUAAAAGGGGUGCAACAAUAUUUCUUUAUUGAGAUCAACAUAACUGGAGUGAAGACUGUCACGUCAUGCAUUGCACUUGAUGAGGACGACGACAAUACCUGCAAUGCGUGUCCUUCUCAUAUUGGCAUUUUGCAUCCGCGCAAGGGCGGAUUUACUUAUGGGAGCAAAGAAGGACCAAGUAAGGAGGAUUUUGGAGCCACACCAGCAAGAUGAGCAAAAAGAGGCUAGAUUGUUGGAAAUUGGGAUUUCUCCCACUUGGUUGGAGGGUUACAGUGUUAAAUGCUUGUAUGUCAAGUACCCUGGUAUACCACUUGUCUAUGUACAGGUUACCAAUAUGCAUCGUUGAAAACUUAGAUAGAAACUAUUUAGAAUCAUUUUUCGUAGCAAGUAUGGAGUAGCAAAAAGUUAGACAUCUGAUCUGUAAAACAAAUUAGUAUUGACAUUCUCUGUAAAUUGUGGUGGUCGCUCGAAGCUAAAACCAGACCCAUCAUAAGAUGUGAUUAGGAAGAAAUAUAUGGGGUCUGGGAUUUAUCACAUUCAAAGAAAACAUUUGGAUCAGCCCCUUCGACCAACCUGUUGGUACUUGUAAGAGAUAUAUUUGUAUGGU